AGACCGUUGGUACUCAAUAGCAAAAAAGAGAAAACAAGAAGCGAACACAAUGAUUUGCCUGUGAUUGGUGAUUAUUUUACGAAAAUUUUCAAGUUUUUUUUACAUUUAAUAGUAAAAUCGCGUUAAUAAAGUUGUAAGCUAGUGAAUGUUUGGUGGAAAGCAAAGUUUAUUUGCCAAUACUUGCAAUGAACCGUGUAAUGCGAAAUUACACGCCUGACCUGACGGCGUCAAGAAAAUCAACAAUCGGUACUCCAUCAUUGGUAGCGCCACCGACGCUAUUUGGCUCAGCCACCCGUCGGCGAUAUUCGGUAGCAGCAACCGUCAACUUCGAUGCAAAAGUUUCGAUUUCGGUCGGAAGCAAUGUCGAAAAUGUCCCUCCUGAAAGCAAUGGACGAAAACCAGUCAGAAAAAGUUUAAGCCAAGGGGCAACCCCCGACAGGGGAAAUAUUCAACCUGAUAAACGCAAGAGCCUUCACGAGAAUUUGAUGUUGAAGAUUUUAUCCACGCCGGUUGAUCAACCAUUGUCGCUGAACCACGAUUCAGACUCGUCGGAAACUUCAUUUUGCAGUUCGGUCGAUACACCUCUGUACACAGAACAGCUGAUCGGAUCAGAUGAUGUGCUUCGUUGCACGACGCCACCUAGUGCAGUGGAUUACCAAAGCAAUCCCCGACUGGCUCGACUAUAUAAGGACCUACGGAGUCCUUCGGCGACUACCAGGAUUCGUGCCUUGCGGGCUCUUAAAUCCCCAUCGAAACGAAACGCAUAUGAUCCGUUUGACGUUCCUCACGAAGAGCAGGAUAUCAUUACGGCAGAUGAACGAAAAUCACCAAACCAAAAAACCAUCCAGGAUAUUAUGGCCGGUGUUUGCAUCUACGUGGAGGUACGUUCCGGGACCGAUAAUCGUUCCGACGGGAUCAAGGAUCAUGUUGCUUCGCUAGGUGCUAAAGUUAAUGAUCGAUUGUAUAGAGAUACAACGCACGUCAUCUUCAAAGAUGGUCUCCUCUCCACUUACCAGAAAGCGAAGAAGAUGAACAUUCCGGUGGUGUCUAUAUUGUGGAUCGAAGCCUGCAAACGACAUAUUUGUCUGAUGAACCCGGAAGAUUUUCCAAUUUCCAACCAAGAGCGAUAUGAGAAUCCAGAGUUAUUUAAAAAGAUCAGGCGUCAAAAAUCAAUGCAACCCAGAGCAGAAGAAGUGGUCAAUUCUGGCGGUAAAAAGCGUUCGGCGCUUGUCCCGGUCAACGCGAUCAGUGGCCCUGGCGUUUCCUCUUCUAUCAUUUCUCCACCGAGAAAACUUCCAGUACUACAUCGGAUGCGCAAAGACGAAGGCUUAGAACGGAUUCUAAACGAGUUUCAACGGGAAAACCAAAACACUCCGGAGCCACAGGAUGAUUUUGAUAAGUUUCUCACCGGACCGAUGAAGUUGCUAGAACGGUUUCGCAACUCACCUACCCUUGCUCCUGAAGAGCCUACCGGAGGUGCCGCGGUAUCCAAUUCAAGCAAAGAGAAAGAAUCAAAUACUACUCCAGAGGUCCCAAAACGUAGGAUUCGUAAAUCACUCUUUAAUAGAUCACUCGAGAAGCAAACAACUUCCGAUGCAAAACCUGCUAGACGAACAAGUAGCAGUUCCAGCAAGGACGUAGUUUCUAAGCCAUCACCGGCGACAGUGAGACAGCGCAGAAAAACGAUUUUAUUCACACCUAGAGUAACUAGUGUAGAGGAGGAAGUUGAAUCUCCUGCACCGACAAAUCCAGCUUCCGACGGUAGACCCAUCAGAAACCGAAGAAAGACUAUGCUGGCUUCGAUGAAGGAAAAUAGUCCUCCAAAAAAGCAGGACACUAUUAACACCCCGAAAGCAAUGGAACUCUGUAAAACUAACAGUACCAAUUCGAACAGUGUUCAGCAGAUUACUUCCUUGAACGCUAAAGUUCGCAAAACCAUCUACUCACCGAGUAAGAUGGAGCAAUCAUCAGAGAAGACUGAUAAAUUAACUCGUGUAGAGGUGACCAAUCACCGCAACACACCUGGAAAUGUGAUAAAUGACUCCUGGAAAACAAAAACUCCUGAGCUCGAUAGUAAAACUCUCGAAGCUUUUCGUACAAAUCGACGCCGAACGCUGUACACUCCUGGAGUAUAUGACGAGACUGACAAGCCGCAAAACAGCGAUGAAAAUAGACACAGUUCACUGUUCACGCCUGUUGCCAGCUCAACGGCUACUAGCAAAACUCCUCUGGUCACGAAUUCGUUGCAAAGAAGAAAAACUAUGUACACACCCGGCGCCUCGACUGAUAUGCAGCAGACCCCGAUACGGAAUACAGGUCUGUUGAAUAUUCCUGGAUCUGAAAACCGUAUGAGAAACAAAACUCUUCUUGAAGAGUAUCAGUCUAAUCUGACGUUCAACUCGUCCAAAACUCCGGUCAGUGAACGACGCAAAACGAUUUUCGACAUUUCCAUGGAUAUCAUUGACAAGCGGCUGUCCCACAUUAACAAGCAAUCUAAACAGGCGGAAAACGCAAGCGAAACAGCUGCGAGUGUUACCCGUGCGAACUCGACAGAUAUGUCAUUGCUAUCGCCUCCACAAAGGCCAUCGUCGCUCAGCCGACAGACUUCGCUUGACACUUUUUAUCGGAAACUUUCCAAAUCUACCGAAAAGACUGUUAAAUUCAAUAAGACAUCUUUAGACUUAAGCCGGACAGCGGUUUCAGCGGAACUCGGCACACCCACGGUGGCCCGAAAGCGAAAGCUUUUUACCGCACAACCAGUAAUAACGGAAACUUCUCCCACUACUCCUCAAGCUUCGAUUACAACUACCGUAGAGGAAAACCCAUCUAAACGCGCUAAAAGCACCGCAGCAGCGACACCAGUAAUUAAUAAAACUCCAGCAGCAUCACAACGUCGCUCUCUUGCCCCGGCGGCUCUAUCCCAGCCAUCCAAAUCCGUACCCAGCAUCAGAACUACAGCCCGCCGUAGUACAAUGUUGUUCGAAACACGUACUGCCACCAGCAACAGUCGUCGCAGCAGUAGCAGCAUUAUCCGAUCGCAGCCGCCAGUGACAACAGCUCGACCAGUCAUGGGAACCCAAGCACGGACCAUGAAAGCACUAGGACUCGGUGCUGGCUUACCGACCAUAACGGCUUCGCAGCAGCUAUCGACAGUGGCCGCGAAAGCAGCUCCGUUUCAUCUGGCGACCACUAAUCUGCACGCCGCCCAGUACAGCUUCGUUAAAGAGGUACGAUUGCAGUAGUUUGAUAUUUACUAGCUUUGUUCUUGUUCUUUAUUUGAAAUUCUUUCGUUUUUUGUUCCUAAUCCAAGAAUCGCGCCUUUUUUGUGAAUGGCCUGUUUUUUUUACAUUGUGAAAACAAUGCUGUUCCAUUCUAAUUGUAAUUAUGAACUUUGAAUGUGACAUGAAUUUAAUAAUAAAAAAAUAUC